AUGGAUACUUCGAAGCAGUUCACGAUUGUAGUCAAGAUCGGGUCUUCGUCCUUGGUCGACUCGCUGACGCGGGAGCCAAGGAUUGCAAAUAUGGCCCACAUUGUGGAGACCGUGACUAAGCUACGCCGGCAGGGCCACAGGAUCGUCAUUGUGUCCUCGGGAGCGAUUGCUUUUGGAAUGAGGGUCAUGAAGCUUGAAAAGAAGCCUUCGAAGCUCUCUGCGGUGCAGGCGUUGGCCUCUAUUGGCCAAGGGAGACUCAUUGGGUUGUUCAACGACAUGUUUAGGCAGAUGGACCAGACGAUUGCCCAGAUUUUGAUCACGAGAAACGACAUUGUUGAUUAUACUCAGUACAAGAACGCGCAAAACACCUUGAAUGAGCUAUUGGAGAUGGGCGUGAUCCCGGUUGUUAAUGAGAACGACACGUUGUCUGUGUCGGAAAUCAAAUUCGGAGACAAUGACACCUUGUCGGCGAUUACAGCAGGGAUGAUCCACGCCGAUUUCUUGUUCUUGAUGACCGAUGUCGAGUGUCUUUACACGGACAACCCCCGCACUAACCGCGACGCAAAGCCGAUUUUGGUCGUGGACAAGGUGGACGAUUUGAAUGUUAGUACAACUGACGCGCCGGGAGCCGGGGUUGGUACUGGGGGGAUGACUACAAAAUUGAUUGCCGCUGGUUUGGCAACCAAUGUCGGGGUAACGACAAUCAUAACAUUGUCUAGCCAACCUCACUACAUCGCUGACAUUGUGGCGCACAUUCAGUCGCAAGAAGUUGGCGUAGACGUGGAACAGCAGCGAGCAAGCUUGCAAAGGGAUAUUGACCUGAAGAUUAUACCACUACACACGAGGUUUCUCAGCUUGCCCCAGGAUUCCAAGAUCCGUUCCGAUAAAAGGUUUUGGAUAUUGCAUGGGUUGAAAACAAAAGGCUCCUUGAUUAUUGAUAACGGCUGUUACCAGGCCUUGACCAGAAGAGACCGUGCGGGUUUAUUGCCCGCAGGGAUAGUUGACGUUGUGGGGAAUUUCCACGAGAAUGAAUGCGUGGCCAUCAAGGUGAUCAUCAAGAAUGAAGAGAUUGAGAUAGGACACUGUCGUGUUAACUACUCGGCGAAUGAGAUCAGGGCAAUCAAGGGCCACAAGAGCAGUCAAAUUGAAUCCAUCUUGGGCUAUGCCGACAGUGAAUACGUGGCUCAUAGGGACAACUUGGCGUUUCCGCCGUUGACGCCUUCAACCGACGGUUCCUCAACGUCAUUGGCAACAGCCUUGGACUGA